UGCAGCUUCAUCUCCAGCUAAAGGACACGAAGACUCUCUAACCCAAAUCCCAGUUUUCAUUCCCUCUCUCCCUCUCUCCCUCUCUUCGACUCUCCCUCUCUCUUGGUCUCGGACUCGUGCUUUUUCACAGGCGGCUAGCUUGCUUCCAUAGCUCCUUCACGGUUUCCUAUAACUCCGAAAGGAAGAAAAUUUUACCAAGAAAGGCUUGUGAGGCGGAAUCAGCAGUGUGGUCAUUUGCUUUACAAGCGAGGCGACCCCCACACCGCUCUCCUCUAUCUAGGGUUUUCCAUCGUAAUCCGUACUCUUCUUGCCGCCUCCGCUGUUUUCUCUCUUCUCUACGUCUGCUGUUUUGCGCAUGAAAGUUUAUAAAGGGGCGACGAGGGGUUUUCUUCUUCUUUUGGACACCGGCAUUGGUGUUUACGUCGAUAGGCUGGAGCGAUGAGCUUGGCCAUCGUAGAGAAGCGGCCGCAGCGGCGUCCUGGAGGCUGCGCUGGUAUCUUCUUCCAGCUCUUAGAUUGGAACCGGAGGCUCGCGAAGAAGAAACUCUUCUCUAGGAAGCUUCUUCCACCAGUUUCAGUUCGCACCACGAAAAGGCCGAUGAAGAAGUUCGGCGGCGAUGAGAAGUUGCCCAAGGCGAAGCUUAUGCUUAUCGCUGAUGAGAACCUUGGAGGUUUUCCCAGUGCGAAGAAGGCAGAUUCUGAUGGGAGUCCAGGGAAUGCCAUGCAAGCCCCUGGAUUGGUUGCCCGGCUUAUGGGAUUGGAGUCUAUACCUGCUAUAGAACAGGAAAAGCCCAGGAAAGCUUUAGAUUCUGAGUAUUAUUAUGACCGCGAUAAGAGUGGGGAGUACUCUCGGCUUGAUCAGGACUUGUGUCAUGAGGUUGCAGGGCAGAGGAAACUCGAUUCUUCUAGGCCGCAAAAGUUGCAGAAGACCGGAGGAUUCUUGGAGCGGCGCCCGGCCAACGCUGCAAGAUUUAGUCCUGAUGCUACCCACAGAAGUGUUGUUGCUCGCUCCAGGAAGGAACAUCAUAAACUAGCUUCCCCAGUGAAGAGUCCUAGGUUGCUUUCAAGGGGAAAUAAAGCUCGGUUAAUGCAAGCCGCAACUAAGAUUUUGGAGCCUGGUCCGCAGGCUCAUAGUAGAAGUAGACGUGCCAUUACUUGUAAUGGAGUUUCGGAAUCAGAAUGCGUAGGAUCUGAAUCUGCUAUUGCAUUGAGAUCUAAAGAGCCUCAAAAUGAUUCUUUAAUUGGGUCCUGCAGGAGCUGUGGUAAAAUAGUUGAGUUCUCGCAGUUGAGGUUUGGUGUUGAGGACAACAAGUUUCAUAAUGGAGCCACUUUGUUUGCUGCUCAGGCGAAGUUUGAUACUUUUGGCAAGGCCAGAUUUUCAAUGGAGAGGAAACACCAAGUAGCAAGUGAUCAAGCUAAAUGCAAACCUCCACAAGAGGCCAAUCCAAAGGUUUCCACUAAAAGUAAAACAUUGAGGAGGACUGAAUUGCCAAUGGGCGGGGACAUCAUUGUUCCUGGAUCUAAAUUGUGUAGUAGAAGACAGAUUGAGGGUGAUACUACUGAAUUCAUGGGGUCCAAGCACUUUGUAGGUGUUAAAAAGAAUCUAAAUUCUUCUCCUCGUUUGAAAUCUCCCUCGAAGGUAUCUAGUUGCAAUGGAGCAAGUAGAGAGGGAAAUGCUUGGGAAAAGAGUGUGGCACGUAAGAGAAGAUCGAGCAGUAACUUGCAGACAGAUAAUAAAACUGCAUCAAAUCCCAGCUUCAUGAAGCAAAAAGGUGCUCAGAGUGGCCUAAUUAAUAAAAAAGAAUCAGGAUUGAUUUGUGAUCAAGCUAUUAAUAGGAACCGUGCAAAAUAUGGACCACAGAACAGGGUUAAUGUUGAAACUUCAUGCAGCGGAGAUGCAGGUAUUGUCUCUUUCACCUUUAGCUCACCAAUGAAACAUACUACCCUGUCCUUCAUGAGGAAAGCCACUUCUGGAAAAAUUGGGGAUCAAAUGCAACAAAAAGAUGAUACUUUUAAACCUAAAAUGAUGUUGUCCAAUGCCAAUAAGGAUAUCUUACCUUCCCCUACAGGAAAGUGUAGUGUGAGGGGAGAUGAGCUGAGUAAUCUUCUCAAAGAGAAGAUCAGGGAGCUCAAUUCAUUAGACCAAGAUGAGGUGGGAAUUAGGGAUACUUCUGGAAGAUCCACUGCUUCCAUUCUUGAAGAAUUAAUUUCAGCUCUUACUGCUGGAGAAUCUGUAGCUCAAAUUAUCCAUAAUGAUGCAAAGUCAGAGUUUUCUACUCCAGAAGAUAACUUUAUUGACAGUUUUGGGAUGCUUUCCAAUAAAACUGCUGAUGAAAAUACAAAAUUUGACAUCAAUCAAAAGUUUCAGGUAGGACCAAAUCCUUUCAUUGCCGCAUCUGUGGUCAGUGACAGCAAUCAUCCUAGUCCAAUAUCAAUAUUUGACGCAUCAUUCUCAAGUGAGAGUUGCUCCGUUGGUAGUUUCAAUGGAAGCUUUGACAUGAAAGAGAGCAAAACACGCAUAGACUUCAGACAUAAAUGUAAUAAAACCGAAUCACUGAGCCUGGACUCUGAUCUUCUGGAUUCCGCUAACUCAGUGGAGUUUAGCAGGUCUGAUAAUGAAAUGAUUUUGAACAGCAGUCGAAGUGACUUCAGCAUACAUAGUAUCCAGUCAUAUAAUGUUGGAAUUCUCGGAACUAAAGUCAGCUUUUCUACCGAAGCCAUCUCAAAGACCAAAUUGCUUCUUGAGAGCAUUCUCUUCUUUGAUUCAGACAAUACAUUGCAGUCUUCUGUCAACUUCUUUCUUCUUGACAUUUUUGCUUCAAUCUCAGAUGCUUUCUUUGCAAGGAUGAAGUCCAGUUUAAGCUUAUCAGAAGCAAAUGACUAUAAUCAUCUCAAGGAUUUUCUAUUCGACUUCUUAAUUGAGAGCUUGGUUAAAAGAUUUGACCAAUUCUGCAUGUCCGGAUAUAAGGUUUGGUUGAAAUUGCCUUUUCUAUUAAGUAAAGACCAGCUGUUGAGAGAGAUUUAUGGCGAGAUAGGAAGGUUAUUGGAAUUGGCUGGGAAGGUUUUGGGUGAUUUGGCAGAGCAAGAGUUGAGCUCAUCAACCAUAAGGUGGACAGCAUUUGAGGCAGAAGCUUCAUGGGCAGCCAUGGACAUUGAGAGUGUAAUACUUCAGGAGCUGGUGGAUGAAAUGAUAAUGGAUUUGUUUGUGAUGUCGAAGCUGAUGAAUGAUUUCAACUAUUCUUAACGUGUUAGAAUUUAGAGUGGCGGUAGACUGCACAAUUUUGUUUAGGUGCUUUUGGAGGUGUGUAUUAACUAUUAGCUCUUGUGUAGAAUUGCUUCAGAGUAGGCUCCUGUUCAGAAAUAUUUUGACUUCCUGGAAUCAGUCUUUUGGGAAGAGGUUCCGUUGCAGGUUUUGUUGCAUUGUUUUGAA